AUGUCCGCUAGUCCUGUAUCCUCGUCUGGGGGCGACAACAAGCCCAACAGCGAUCAAAUUCACUUCAAGUUCUGCCGCGAAUGUUCCAACCUGCUAUAUCCCAAAGAAGACCGAGUGCAAAACCGUCUCAUGUUCACCUGCCGUACCUGCCACGUCUCGGAGCCCGCUACCUCACCAUGCGUUUACCAAAACAACCUAAAUACCCAAGUCGGCGAAACCGCCGGUGUGACCCAGGAUGUGGGAUCUGAUCCUACGGUUGGUGACCCAGAAUUCUGCCUUCACUGUGGCGAAGAGCUUGCCUGCUCGCAAUGCGGCAUCCUCUCGUCUGGUGCACUUUCAGACGAUCAUUAUUCAGACUAUGAUGAGUCCGGAGAAGACCCGGAUGAUAACUAUUUCUCAAUGCCCUGA